CAACUCAGCACGAGGAUUGGUCUCUGUGCCCUGGAUUUAAACACUCAAACCGCACUAAAAGAUGUCUGCAGUACCGCCUCCGGUGGCCCCUAGAAAGCAUUCAGGGGUCCGAGUCAUGUUUAUUCCAGGGAAGCAGCUUCCUCCUGGUGGCCUGCCCAUUGACACAAAUUUUGACAAAGAGAAUGUUGCCAUUGGAGAGUCAAAUUCUACAUCUAUACUGAAUGCAGAGAGAGAAUUGGAGUUUAUGAACCACUGCUUUGACGACGUGGAGCGUUUCAUGGCACGCUUGCAGCAGACGGCUGAGGCCCAGAGUGUUCUCAAACAAAGGAGAAAAAAGGGAAGCAGAAAGAGCAAGAAGAACAAGGACCAAGAUGAUGAUUUGUUGACCCUGAAAGCUUGCCCUCCAUCAGAGGAAGAAUUUGUGGACCUCUUUCAGAAAAUCAAGUACUCCCUCAAUCUGCUGGACCGUCUCCAGUCAUCCAUUGCACAGCCGAAUGCACCAGAGCUGCUGCAUCACAUCUUUGCACCUCUUGGACUGAUGGUGAAAACCAUGGGGGGGCCAGCGUUAGGAGCAUCGGUGGUCAGUCCUGCUAUGACCAGUGGUGCUGUUUCACUGCUCCACGACCAUCUGAUUGAAGAGGAAAAGGAGCUGUGGACUUCAUUAGGGCCCAACUGGACUUCACCCUGUUUGCAACUUAAUGUGUCUGUACCUCCAUACUCACCUGUCUUCCUGGAUGGGUGGAAGCCUCAGGCCUAUAACUCAACAGGCCAGCUUUUCGAAGAUCCCAUCGAGUCACAGCACAAACAAGAUGCUUUCAGGGAAAGUAGGGAGGCACGAAUUCCACAGGACCAAGUUCAACAGACAGUGGAGCAUCCUGGUGAAGGCAAUGAUGAAAUAGAAGGAAGUGGGCUGCCACCAGAGGGUGAAAGACUUUACUGCUGCAGUUAUGACUUUGUGGCUAGAAACAGCAGUGAACUCUCUGUGCUACAAGGAGAAACCCUAGAGGUCAUUGAUUCAUCAACGAGAUGGUGGAAGUGUCGAAAUCGCUUUGACCAGAUAGGAUUUGUCUCCUCUAAUAUCCUGGAGCCUCUGUCUGCUCUGAAUAACACUGGGAGAAACAGCCCAGUGGUACGCAGAGAGUCAAAGAAGGUGCCCAUGUCCCCUCCGACGAAGUACUUCUCAUAUGCUCCAUCAAGCCCAGUUGGGACCAGUCCGACAGCCACAAGCCCAAUGCGACCACAGAGCAUGGUUUUACCAUCAAUACAGAGAGAAGGCAAUGACCGAGUGAAGGAUGAGCUUCUUCAGCGGUUAUCUGGGAAAAGCAACUCAGUCCGUCCGCUUGUGGUCCCCCGCACAGCCAACACUACUCCCCUGAACUACCACUCACCGUCUGCCGAAGUGGAGGCCUGGCUAACCACCAAGGGCUUCAGUCAACAGACAGUUCAGAGACUGGGCAUUUUAAGUGGAGCACAGCUUUUUUCCCUGAAAAAGGAGGAGCUACGCACGGCAUCACCAGAGGAAGGUGCAAGAGUCUACAGCCAAUUAAUGGUGCAGAAGGCCCUUCUCGAGGAUGUGCGCAAAGCUACCGAACUAGAGAUAGCGAUGGAGAAGCAAAAGCUGAAGAUUGGCCUGAAAUCAGAGAAUGAUUUAGUGUGACGGAGCUCUCGAACAUUCACUAAUACAAAUCAAUGGAGAUAACUGUCAUGUUGCAUAUACAGCUGGAUGCACAGAGUGAUCUUGCAGAUGCAUUUCCAUAUUUAAUCAUACAUACUGUUAUAUCUAUGUGCUACAGAUUCUUCAACAUAAGCAAGCUGCUAGAAGUAACGCUCCCUCACUAAUACUACUAUUUUGGAUUUCUACAUCUCGCCAGAGGUUUACUAUUCGUACCAUUCGGUAACAUUAUACUUUUUACAAUUUCAUUGUUUCUAUCAUCCUUUGUUUAGGCAAUUCAAUAAACCGUAUAACAUUCUGAUGAUUAGAUUUCUAUUUUAACAACAAUGGACAAACUACUUUUUUGAGCUACAAGAAAAGUGAAUUUGGUGAAAGAUGUUUGACUCAGUAGAGACAGAUGUUUGAUUGUUUCUGUGUUUUUAUUGCUUGCUAUCUAUCUGAGUUAAGACAGUCUUCCUUGUUGCAGACAGAUGUGGUUUUAGACCAAAUACACAUUCAACUGAUACAUGAAGAAUACACAAAUUCAGUUUGACUCUUCUGUUUUUCAUUGUGACUUCAGCUGUGGAGAAUAUCAUGACAUAAUGUACAAUGCUGACAAUUUAUUGGCUUGAAUAAAAUUUCAAUUGUGUGGAUUUUUGUACCAUAUCAAUGGGUUUACUGCUACCCUUCUUUCCAUAUUCUGUUAUAUGAUCAAAACAUAGUUUAAAAUAUAUACAUAUAUUUGAA